AAACCUAAUGCUCCCCAUCCGCCCUGAUCCCUUCCCGCUGUCUCUCCCUCUUUCCGACCCUGGGGGCGGAUUAGAUUGCCACAUGCCGCCGAAGCACACGGUAACGGCCCCUUAAAAAGACAGUAAGAACACACCUGUUCACUGCUGCUACCGCCCCCAUUCCCCCCAAUUCAUCGUCAGAAGCCCACACUGUCGUUGUAAGCACUCAUGGGGCAAGAGUCUUUCUCUCAUCCGAUUCAACUUAGCAAUUAGGUAGGAACAGACUCUGGCACUUGCCCCAUGUGCCCUGCUCCACUCCCGUCAUCGUCCCACCGGGUCAUCGCCCAUUGCGAUCUCACCCUCGUCAAUUCGAUUCGGCUACACCCAACCUCUUCCUCCUCUUCCCUUCUCUUUCCCCCCCUCUCCCAGACUACGUCGUAUUUGCCCCAAUGCACCUUAGUUAGGCCGUAUUCAAGUCCAUUAGCAUCGCUUCGUCCAUUCUCUCUGCAAAAAUGCCCAUUAUGCCUAUCAUGCAAAUUCGCAAUCCCUUUGCCAGGCGCUCUGGCUUGCUGAAUGGUGCCGAGGUCAAGGACGAGAAUGUCCCGCCCGGCUUAAGUCCCUCAGAAUCCGCCCAGGCCGGCUUCGAGAAGGUCGACACCAUCGGCUCCAUGACGUCUUCGGCCCUGAGCAUCCGCAGCGCGAAGGGCCGCGACAAUGGAGACUACAAGAUGAGUGUGGUGAAUGACAGCGGAGUUUAUCUGCCGCCCUCACCAGUAGAUGACAAGAGCCUCUGGCCAAGGCGUUCGGUGGCCUCUCGAACCUCGGUCGACACCCGCAGCAGCCUCGGCGACAUUGAGCACUUUUCCAUCUCCCGCGAAUCUUUCGACUCCUACCGCCGCUCCUUUGACAUCUCGGCUAGGUCACCAAUCGCGGUCUACGACCGACCUCGCCAAAGCCUCGACUCUGCGGUAUUUCCUCGACUGCCGAGGACGCCGAUCCGACACCGUCACUUUGACCAGGAACCCCCGACGCCCGAAGAGGGAUUUGAGGACGUCGGGCUUAACGAUGACCAGAAGCAAGCCCAGCCGAAAAAGAGGGGUUUCUUUGCCAAGUUUUCCGAGCCGCAAGAGCCCAGUGCGCAUCCCCCUCCGGGAAUGGGCAUGUCCAGAUUCAUUCCGGGGCGAAAACGAGCACAGAGCGGCCAGGGGUCGGAGUUGGGCAGUAUCGAGCGGCCUAGGUCGCGCCAAUCCGUCGACGAACAGGAAGCGCAGUAAUUAUCUUGUACGAGCUUACGCGGGGAGGACAUGCAUCCAUGAUUUUACGGCGUUUGGGUGGUUUCGGGUGGGGGCAGGGGGCACCGUGAUAUCCGUUUCGUGAGCAAUCGCUUGCCCCCCCCCCCUGGCUUGGCGGAAAUGUUAAGCCUAGUCGUUCGCUUUGGCACAUCACGAGCUGACGGAUAAUGAGGGGGCAAGGACGGGCGAGCCAGCAUGAGGAGAUGCUGGGUAAUUUGGGCACGCUGAAGAGAAAGCAGAUAAAGUAAUGACUUACAAGGGGAGCUGGGGGUGAUGAUGGGUAUAUUCCAUAUAUGCUAUGGAAGAAUCGGAUACCAGCUCGUAUUGCCCGAGUACAAUAACGGUUUCUGGGCCGACCUACCUUGAGUACCUUAGGUACCUACCUAGGUACCUACCU